AUGCUCAGUACAUUGACCAAGCGUUGCUUUUGCACCGUCGCUCCUCGCCCUUGGCUUUUUGUUGGUUUGGGUAACCCUGGCGACAAGUACAAAGGAACUCGACACAAUGUUGGAUUUGAAAUGAUUGACGCAUUUGCCGAAUCACAGGGGAUUGCCAUGAAUACGGUUCAUUGCAAAGCCAUUUUUGGAAAAGGUUUUGUUGAUGAAGUUCCAGUUUUCCUUGCAAAACCUCAAACUUACAUGAAUCUCAGUGGUGAAUCAGCAGGACCACUGGCUGCUUAUUACAAGUUGCCCCUUAAUCAGGUGCUUGUGUUCCAUGAUGACAUGAACCUGCCAUGUGGGGUGCUUCGUCUUCACGACAAAGGGGGUCAUGGAAGCCACAAAGGGCUGAAGAGUGUUAUUUACCACUUCAGAGAUAAUAGAGAAUUUCCUCGUCUAAGAAUUGGGAUUGGGAAGCCUCCUGGACAGAUGGAUCCUAAAGCAUUUUUGCUUCAAAAGUUUAAUGUAGCAGCUAGGCAACGAAUUGACGAGGCUUUGCACGAGGGGGUAGAUGCCUUGAAGCUCCUUCUAUCUAAAGGUUUGGAAGUGAGUGCAAAAAGGUUCAACAAAGACCAGAAAUAUAAGCACUUACGAGUACAGACAUUACCAGUUUGGUAG